UACAGUAGCGUUGUUGACCAGGCGUUCGGGGGUGCAGCAUAUAUCCUGAUCGAAGCCUUCAACGACAGUGACUGCAAGACCGUCGUGGAUGCCACGGCGUUCCAAGCUUCGGGAAGCUGCAGUCAGGUCAUCAUGUACGUGGACUACUGGGGGUUCGCCACCUACGCCAUUGCUAAAGAAGAAGGAGGCUCGGUUUCGAUCCGGUACUACAACGACAGCACCUGUAGCUUGCCAUUGCUCGAGUCGGUGACACUGCUCGAUGGGAUCGACACUCAAGACGUCGACAUCGACCAAGCCACUCUCAAUUCAGCCAGCUGCGACGAAAACAACCUGCGGCGGACCCACGCAACUGGUAGUAGUGGGUCUGGAACUUCAUCAUCGUCAUCGUCAUCAACGACUACACCGUCAGGAAGCAGCAACACGGGGCUGAUUGCUGGGGCUGCUGCAGGGAUUGCGGUUGUCUUCUUCCUCAUGUUGGGCGCGUUCUGGUGCGUCUGUCGAUCAAAAAGGAAAGCUUCUAGUGAUGCUGUCUACCACGCUCAGGGCAACUACUCUCAAGACAACGGCACCUCGUCGCUCACUGUGACGGCGCAGGGCGGUGGAACGUUGGGCCAAGCUGGUCUGUGGACCGACGACGUGAUCACCGCCAAGCGAAUUUCACGCCGAGAUGUUCACAUUGGCAAGUUGCUGAGCCGUGGCGCGUUUGGUGAAGUAUACUCGGGAACUUUCGAUGGGUCACGUGUGGCAGUGAAGAUGCUGCCGCCUGAAACUCGAGGAGCUAUUCCGAACGUGAACGCAUUCCUGUCGGAAGCGAAGAUGACUGCGACGAUGGAUCACCCGCGGAUUAUCAGCCUGAUCGGAGUCGCCUGGAACUCGCUCUCGGAUUUGUGCGUGGUCAUGGAGUUCAUGGAAGGUGGCGACCUGCGAGCUCUUCUGGAUAGGUAUCAAACUGCGCAGCAUCCAGUGGGUAUCGACCACGAAAAGGCCACCAUCGCACUUCACGUUUGCCAUGCGCUCACAUAUCUGCACUCGCUGAUGCCGCAGGUGAUCCACCGGGACCUCAAGUCACGGAAUAUUUUACUGACCGAAACAAUGGAAGCCAAGAUCACGGACUUUGGCAUCUCAAGAGAGCGACUGGACCAGACAAUGACCGCAGGUGUGGGAACGUCGCUCUGGAUGGCGCCUGAAGUGAUGAUGGGCGAGAGGUACGACGACAAAGCGGAUAUGUUCUCGUUCGGCGUGGUGCUGUCGGAGCUGGACGCUCAUGCGCUGCCGUAUGCGCAGGCGAAGGAGAAGAACCGAGACUCCGACGGACGAAAGCUGCCGGACACGAUCUUGUUGCAGCAGGUGGCGAUGGGGAGACUUCGUGUGGAGUUUUCUGAGUCAACUCCACAGUCGAUUGUGGAUUUGGGAUUGGCCUGUGUUUCAGUUGAUCCGAAGAUGCGGCCGACGGCAGCGGAGGCACUCUACAGACUGCAGGUUGUGCUU